UUCAAUGUCAAAUAUUUUAGCCGCCGUAUUUGUCACCCAAAAUACUGAGGAGCAAAAACUAAACACCACCCUAGAAAAUAGGGACAUUUAAGCGAAAGAGUGAAUGACCCUAGUUUGAUUUGAACUCCGUUAACGGGCUGGUUCGGGUUCGGGUUCGGGUUCGGGUUCGGGUUCGGGUUCGGAUCGAGGCAAGUCGGCAAUGUUCCUUGUCUAUAUAAACACAAGAAGUUUCCCUCUCAUUCAAACGCAAUGGCCAUCACAGGAAGGCCCGCUGAUACUGGAAAUUCGACACAACAAACGGCUGUGGGAGUGCCCGAGGCGAAAAAUAAUUUGGUUGCAGCAGGAGUCCGGCUUGGAAAAAACUUAAAUGCUCGUAGGGCCAAAUUUCAGGAUAUUGAUCAGAGAGAGCAUAUAGCUGGUGAUGAUGCAGACGAUCUGUCCAUUGAUGAUUCCGAGGUUGUUGGAUAUCUCAAUAACACGAAGGAGAUUAAUUACAAGAAGAUCAUAUGGGAAAAAAUGAAUAAAAACUUCGCAAAGGGAGAUUAUAAAUUACAUGGGAAGAAACGAAAACGGGAAAUUGGAGGUAAAAAAGAUGUCCAUGCUAAUAAACCUGCUAAAACAACGGAAAAAGUAGAGAACAAGAGAACAAGUGCGAAAAUAAAUUAUAAUGCUUUGCAGAAGCUGGUUGAUGAAUUGAAGCAUGUUCCUGUAGAGGCAGAGGUAGGAGGACCGGAACCUAAGGCCUGCGCAACUGGUGAUUCAGCUGAAAACCUGGAAAAUGGAUUCCACGAGCUUGAACAGGAGAAUGAAUAUGUGGACGAUGAUUACUCGUAUAGAGAUAAUGAUGAUGAUUCAUAUUAUGGAUGUGAUGGAACUGGAUACUAUAAUAAUAGUGAAGAUUUUGACGCUGAUUAUUGAAUUGUAAAAUUUAUAAAGAAAAUCUAAUUUUUCUGGAUCUUUAUGUUGUUUUUUGCUGAAAGCUGUAGGAUGCAAAGAAACAAUAGAGAAGAAAGGAUAAACAAUCGAAUGAGCUUUUAGUUU